AUGGUUUCUAUACAAGGGAAACAAAAGCAGAAGGAUUUUGGGCCUGGCUCGCUGUCUGAUCCACAAAAUUUAAUCUCCGCAGCGAGAUCUCCAAAGUAG